CAAUCCAGCUUCCUACCACAUGCUAUGGGUGUACUGCGUAUCGAUGCGUUGCGUCACGUUCAGCACAUGACUUCAUCAGGGACCCUGAUGACCCUGAUGAAGUCACGUGCUGAACGCAUCAGUUCUGCCUAUCAGUGCCCAUCAGUGCUGCCUAUCAGCGCCGCCUAACAGUGCCAGUCAGUGCCACCUAACAGUGCCAGUCAGUGCCACCUAUCAGUGCUAGUCAGUGCUGCCUAUCAGUGCCAUAUAUGAGUG